AUUGACACCUCAUUUCAGCCAAUGCUGAAAAAAAUUUACUUCAACACCGUAGCGCUACCCUUCCAUAAAACCCUAAUGGCCAAAGCUGAGACCGAGUGGAAGCCCCCCAAACCUAGCCAGCGUCGUCUUUGUGCUCGCUCCCUCACUAACUGGCUCACAGCCUCACCCUCACACUCGUCGCUCUCUUGUCUCUUCCCUCGCCUCGACAGUCAUCACUCUCAGUCUCUCACAACCUCACUUCGUUGCUCUCUCAGUCUCUCACCUCGGUCGUCGUCGCGGUCCCGUGCCCCUACGUUCGGUUCGUCAGCGGCAGAAGCAGACGGAACCAGUCAAGCAACAGCUGCUCCCUCGGGUGGUGGUCGUCGUCAUCUUGUGCCGCGCCAGUCGCGGUGUCGGAAUCAGUCAAUCAGGAAAGUACAAAGGAAUAAGCUGAAUUAAUUGCAGCUUCAGAAAGAUCAGGGGAUGCAGGUUUGCGAAUUUAUGAAUUUGAAUACACCAUUGAUAGUACUCAUGGAGGAAAGAAGAGGAUAUUUUCUGCAUCAUUUGUGACCUCAAAGAAACUCUAUCUUCUUAACAUUGUUCAUUCUAAUAAACUAGAGAGUCUUGAUGAACCACAUAAAAGAAUGAUUUUAGAGCAAGUUCUCCAUUUCUUUGAUGCAGCAGCUUAAAACUUUGAAAUGAGAAUCUCAUUUCUUGUUUGAUUAUUCUCCCUCUCUUGAAUUUUGAUUCUUAAAAUAUAGCAAUUGAUUUAUGUUCAGUCUUGGUUGAAAGUCU